AAAGGGACAUGCGGGGCGGUGGGAAGGUGGCGGCCCGGGCUAAGUCCCCGUCUCCUCCUCCCGCUCCCACUACAAUCCCUACUACGUCCUGGGCCCCGGCCGACAGGAGCGGGCUCAAACCCAAGAACCAUGAGCUCAUGAUCUGAGCAGAAAUCAAGAAUGGGUUGCUUAACUGACUCAGCCACCCAGUUCCAGAAAUUAUUGGCAGUCUCCAGGAAGAUUAUUAUAAUCUAUGUAUGGAAAAGUCCAGGAAAAUUAAUUCCUUUGUAUGGCAUCUACUCCAGGAAGUGGAUGAAGAAAUUGAAAAGGGAUUGGAAGGAAUCACAUUAAACAUUCCUGGUAACAGUCGCUUAAUGCCAGUAGAAAGAAUAACAGGUGAAGAUUUUUGGAUUCUUUCCAGAAUUUUAAAGAAGAAUCCAUAUAUUAAUGGUUUGGAUGUUAGAUAUAACCUUAUGAGUGAUGUUGGUGCAUACUAUGCUGCAAGACUGCUUCAGAAACAACAUAAACUCAUUUAUUUAAAUCUUAUGUUUAAUGAUAUUGGGCCCGAAGGUGGAGAAUUGAUUGCUAAAGCACUACAUAAGAAUACAACUCUGAAAUACCUAAGAAUGACUGGAAACAAGAUUGAAAAUAAAGGUGGAAUGUUUUUUGCUGCAAUGCUGCAAAUUAAUUCAUCCUUAGAAAAAUUAGAUCUGGGUGACUGUGAUCUGGGAAUGCAAAGUGUGAUAGCAUUUGCUACAGUCCUAACUCAAAACCAAACAAUUAAGGGAAUAAACCUAAACCGACCUAUACUGUAUGGUGAACAGGAAGAGUCCACAGUUCAUCUAGGCCACAUGUUGAAAGAAAAUCACUGCCUUGUUGCACUACACAUGUGUAAGCAUAAUAUGAAAAACUGUGGAAUAAAACAAUUAUGCGAUGCACUGUAUCUGAAUAGAAGCCUACGCUACCUUGAUGUGAGCUGCAAUAAAAUAACUCGUGAUGGAAUGGUGUGUUUGGCUGACGUACUGAAAAGCAAUACUACUCUGGAAGUAAUAGAUCUUUCUUUUAACAGAAUAGAAGAUGUAGGAGCAAAGUAUCUCAGUGAAACUCUUGCUUCACACAAUAGGAGUCUUAAAGCGUUGUCAGUAGUCAACAACAACAUAAAGGGAGAAGGACUUGUUGCACUUUCACAGUCCAUGAAAACAAACCCCAUACUCUCUAAUGUCUACAUUUGGGGAAACAAAUUUGAUGAAGCUACAUGUGUGGCAUAUUCAGACUUAAUUCAAACAGGCCGUCUAAAACCAGACAAUACAGAUGUGGAGCCAUUUGUGGUGGAUGGACAUGUGUAUCUCGCAGAAGUCUCCAAUGGCCUUAAAAAGCAUUAUUACUGGAGGCCAACUUACGGAGAAGUUUGCAGUCAGUCAUCUAAUGCAGGUUCUAUUCUUGUACCAGUAGGUCCAGAUCUAUGAAAAACAAGCUCUGAAAUAAUUUUCACAUAUUUGCCUUAUGUUAAUAUUUUAUGGCCUACUACAGUUUUCAUUCAUAAAUUAGAACAAGCUACUUGUUGAAAUGUGUAAAAGAUAUAUUAAACUUUGUUUAACUGUCCAUUGUGGAAAAACUGAGUAAUAUAAUUUUUUAGAAGAAAUUUUACAGGAAAGCAAAGAUGGUGGAGCAGGAGAACCCCGAAUUCACCUCAUCCCACGGACAUAUCAAGGCAACUGCUCCACUCUGCAAACAACCUGAAGCCUGGCAGAACAGAUCUUCCACAGCUAAACCCCUGGAGUGACUAGCCACCAAGGGGAAGGACAUCACAGGCAAGGAGAAGCGACCCCACACUGGACACCAGUGGCCCUGGGGACUUGCACUGGGAAGACCAGUCUCCAUACUGUCUGGUUUUGAACAUCAGUGGGGCUUAACUCCAGGAGAGCUGGAGGGCUAUAGGAAACCAAGGCUCCACCCUCUAAAAACCAAUACACUAAAUAACUAAAAAGCAGUUUGAAAAGUGCCUGGGGUAUAUGUGAGGGAGAUUUGUUGCCUCAUUUGAGGAUGUAUACAGGAGGGGCAGGAAUCUACAGGAAAUCUAGUGGCUUUCUCCAGGAAGGAAAGUGCUGGUGGCUGCCAGUUUUCCUGCGCCCUCCCAGCCGAACACUUAUGGAAGCCAGUUCUGACAUUCUCAACCUACCUUCCUAGCAUGGUGUGCGCCCUGCCCUCUCCAAACUGCCCAUGCCAGCAGGCACCCCUCCAAAGCAACUCUUGCUCUGGAGAGGAGGGAGCUAACCCCACACACCAGUGCGCCUGCAGUUGCUGUAGCUGCCCUUCUCAGCUAGCUAUAGAGGUUUGAGAAAGCCCUACCCGUCGAUGUGUCUGCAGCAGUCACAGAGGCUCACUAUAGACAGCUGGGCUACAGGCUAGCCCUGCCUACCAGCAAACCCACAGCUGCUACAACCAGGUCUCAGAGCCAGCCACACAGGAAGCAAGCCCGACCCACCAGUAAGCCCACAGCAAGCAAAGCAGAUCACUGCAGACAGGCUGUCCACACGCUGUAGAGGCUGAAGCAGGGCUUAUUAGCCAUGCAGGGGAUAAGCGCUGCCCACCAGUGUAUCCUCAACACUAGAGGAUAAUCACUGUAGUCAGCUGGGUAGAGGGCUAGCAUCACCAACCGGCAUGCCGGCAUUAGUCACAUAUCAACCACAACAGGUUCUGGUGACCAGGGAGGACUGUGCUACAGGGAACCAUAGGACCCUUUCUACACAAGGACACUACUUUCUAGACCUAAGAGAAGGAGCUGACCUAAUUAAUUCACAGAAACAGACAAGAUGAGGAGACAGGAAUAGGUCUCAAAUGAAAGAAGGCAAAACCACAAAAGAGCUAAUGAAACAGGUAAGCAAUACGCCUGAUAAGGAGUUCAAGGUAAUGGCCAUAAAGAUACCAGACUUGAGAGAAGAAUGGAUGAACUCAGGGAGAACUUCAACACAGAGAUAUAAAAUUUAAAAACUAGUCAGAGAUAGAGAAUAACUAAAAUAAAAAAAUGGGCUACAGGAAAUCAGUGGAUUAGAGGAUACAGAUCUGAUCAGUGAUCUGGAAGAUAGGAUAAUGGAAAACACCCAAGCUGAACAGCAAAAAGAAAAAGUAAUACAUGAGAAUAAGUUAAGGGACCUCUCUGUGAUCAAGUGUAUGAACAUUUGCAUUAUAGGGGGUUCCAGAAGGAGACGAGAGAAGGGGGACAGAAAACAUAUUUGAAGAAAUAACAACUGAAAACUACCUUAACCUGGGGAAGGAAAUGGACAUCCAGGUGCAAAAAGCAAAGAGAGCCUUACAGGGAACCCAAGGACAUAUAAUUAAAAUGGCAACACAUAAUUAUGUAUAAUUAUAUGUAUAUAAUACACAUCAAGACAUAUAAUUAGAAUGACAAAAAUUAAAAAGCGAAUCCUAAAAGCAAUAGAAAAGCAAACUUACAUACAUGGGAAACCCCAUAAGGCUAUCAGCUCAUUUUCAGCAGAAACUCUACAGGCCAAAAGGGAGUGGCAUAAAGUGCUGAAAGAAAAAAACAAAACAAAACAACAAAACCCCCUGUAACCAAGACUACUCUAUUCAGCAAAAUUAUCACUCAGAAUUGAAGUAGAGACAGUAUCCCAGACAAAAGUUAGAGUUCAUCACUACUAAACUAGCUUUACAAGAAAUGUUAAUGGAAAUUCUAUAAACAGAAAGAGAAGGCCACAACCAGAAGAAAACUGAGAGGAGAAAAUUUCACAGUACAAGCAAAUAUAUAGUUAAGUUAGUAGAUCAAUCACUUAUAGCUAUAAAAAUUAGUCAAGGGAUACACAAAAAGAGGCAGAAUAUGAUAUAUACAUAAAACAUGGAAGUGGUAAUAAAAAUUGCAUCAGAAGAAUAAAAUACCAGGGUGGCUGGCUCAGUUGGAAGAGCAUAUGACUCUUGAUCUCAGGGUUGUGAAUUUAAGCCCCACAUUCAGUGUAGAUACUUAAG